AUGUCGAUGUUCGGCCAGAUUGAUCCGCAGUUUGGCGCUGGUCGCUGGGGCCUCGGUGCGGCACUGAGUGGUUUUGACCGCCGCAUGCCGGCGCCGCCGCAGGCGUACGAGGAAUAUUUCAAGGCAUACAGCAUGAACCACUUCUCGGCACGCCAACGGAACGACGUGAGCUACGGUGGAAAGAUCAUUAUGCCGCCGUCGGCGCUUGCGACAAUCACCGACCUCGAGCUCGAGUCGCCCUGGACGUUUACGCUGCGCAGCACGGGCCGCGGCGAGCACAAGCACACGCACGGCGGUGUCGUCGAGUUCAUUGCCGAGGAGGGCAUCGUGUACCUGCCCGUGUGGAUGAUGCGCAUGCUUACGCUGCAGGACGGCGACCCGAUUCACAUCCAAGGCACGCGGCUGCCCAAGGGCAAGUUUGUCAAGCUCCAGCCCCAGACGGUCGACUUUUUGGAGAUUAGCGACCCCAAAGCGGUGCUCGAGCAGGCGCUGCGCAACUACCCGACGCUGACGCCGGGCGACAUUAUCGAGAUCAGCUACAACUGCCUCACGUUUGAGAUUCUCAUUAUGGAAAUCGAGCCGAGCGCCGAGGGCAUUUCCAUCAUCGAGACGGAUCUUGAGGUGGACUUUGCGCCGCCCAAGGGCUACGUGGAGCCCGCACCGAAGCCCGCGGCGCCGCAGCCGACCAUGGCCUCGAAACUGCACAUUGACCAGAACAAGUACGACAGCGUGCUGCCUGGCGGCGACAGCGCGACGCCCUUCCGCGGCUUUGGGCAGACGCUCAGCGGGAAAAAGACCAAGGGCAAGAAGGAGAAGCCGAUCGUUCCUCGCGAGCCGUCGAGCCUCGUGCGCAGUACAGACCGCCCUACGAUUGUCAGCAACGACACGCUCCUCGAGGAGAAGCGCGUGCCUGCCGCGCUGCACCUGCCGUUCGGCCAGCUGUUUUUUGGCUACAAUGUCGAGCGCCUCGACGUCCCGGUCGACACCGCUCCCGAGCAGCCUGACGACGACCCCGCGCCUCCCCCCGACCGCCCAGCAUUCGCCGGCGGCGGCCAGACGCUCCUCGGCACCUCGCGGCCCACGCCCGAGGUGAUCGAAAUAGACGACGACUAG